AUGAAUGGAGGUGGGGUUGAAUGUUUGUGUGGGGGUUGGGGUUUGGGGGGGGUGGUGGGUGGUUGUUGUGGUUUGGGUUGGGGGGUUUUGGGUUUGGGGUUUGUGGUUGUUUGUGGGUUAGGUUUUGUGGGUUUGAUGGUUUUUGGGGUGGGGGGGUUGGUGUUGUUUUUGUGUAGUGGGUGGUUUGUUUGGUGGGGUGUGGUUGGUGUGUGGGGGGGUGGGGGGGGUUUGUGGUUUGUUUUGGGGUUUGGUUUGAGGGGGGGUUUUUUUUGUUGGGUGGUGGGUUGGGUGUGUUUGUGGUUGGGUGUGGGGGGGGGGGGUUUUGGGUGGGGGGGGUGGGGGUUUGUUGGGGUGGGUGUGGAGGUGUGUUUUGUGUGGUGUGGGGUGGUUGUGGUUUGGGUUGGGGUGGGUGUUGGAGGUUGGUGGGGGUGGGGGUUGUGUGGGGUUGUUUUGUUGGGGGGUGGGGGGUGUUUGGGUAGGGGGGGUGGGUUGUGGGUGGUUUGUGUUUGUUGGUGUUGUGGGUGGGGUGUGUUUGUUUGUGGUGUGGGGGGGGUUGGGUGUGGGGGUGGGGGGGGGGGGUUGGGUGGGGGGGUUGGGUUUGAGUUGGAGUGGUGGGGGGUUUGGGGUUGUGGGUGUGGUGGGGUGGGGGGGGGGGGGGGUGUGUGGGGGGUGUGUUUGUUGUUGGUGGUGUUGUUGGGGUGUUUGGGGGGUGUUUUGGUUGGGGGGGGGUGGGGGGGUGGGGGGGGUUGGGGGUUUUGUGGGUUGGUGGGGGGUGUGGUGGUGGUGGGGUGUUGUGUUUUUAGAGUGGUGGGGGGGGGGGUUGUGUGGGGGUGGGGUGUGUUGGGGUGUUUGGUGGGUUGGUGUGUGGGGGGGGUGUUGGGGUGGUGUGGGUAUGAGGGGGUGGUGGGUGUGGGUGGUUGUUGGUGGUUGUUGUGGGGGGUUGGGGGGUAUAGGGAGGUUUGGGGGUGGGGUUGUUGGGGUGUGUUGUUUUGUUUGGUGUGGGGGUUAUUGGUGGUGGGGGGGGUGGGGGGUGGUUGGUUGUGUGUGGGUGUUGGGGGGGUGGGUGAGGGUUUUGGGGUGUGGGUGUUGAAGUGGGGGUGGGGGUUUGGGGUGGGUGUUGGGUGUGGGGGGGGGGUUGUGGUUUUUAUUGGUUCCAAGUUGUCCAGAAAAGGAUUCAUCCGAACUCGCUGGGCCGUGGACGACUGUGCCUUCGACUUGGUGAACAUCCACUUGUUCCAUGAUGCGUCCAACCUGGUGGCCUACGAGAAGAGCCCCUCGGUCUACUCCAAGACCCGACAGAAGGCCCUGGGAUACGUCCUCGACAGCCACAACACGGUGGAGCCGCUGGACGCUCACAGCCUCUCGCAGCCGCUGGACGCUCUUAUGCCGUGUUCAGACCGAUCGCGAUGGAGGCGAAAAAAUCGCAUCAAACGCCAGGCGUUUUUCGCUUGA